CGUCUCCUCCUCCUCCCUCUUUCUUCUUCUUCUUCUUCGCCUCGUCGUCGGCAAUAUUAUUCAUCUCUCUCUCUACUGUAAAUCUACGAGACAAAAACGUUCGGAAAAGAAUUAAAAAAGCUCUUCUCCAUCUCUUAGUGCCUGCCUGCCACACACAGAUCUCUCUACAGAUUUUGAGCGUUGAACAACAUGUCUGGGUCAACGAAAGUACUGGAUCCUGCUUUUCAAGGAGCUGGACAGAAACCAGGAACUGAAAUAUGGAGAAUCGAGAAUUUUGAAGCUGUUCCAGUGCCAAAGUCUGAGCAUGGAAAGUUUUAUAUGGGAGACACUUACAUUGUCUUGCAGACCACACAGAACAAAGGAGGUGCGUAUCUGUUUGAUAUUCAUUUCUGGAUUGGGAAAGACACUAGUCAGGAUGAAGCUGGAACAGCAGCUGUUAAGACAGUUGAACUCGACGCGGUUCUCGGAGGCCGUGCUGUCCAACACAGGGAGAUUCAAGGUCACGAGUCUGACAAAUUCUUGUCUUACUUCAAGCCAUGUAUUAUACCUUUAGAGGGUGGUGUUGCGUCUGGUUUCAAAACACCUGAAGAAGAGGUGUUCGAAACACGGUUGUAUACUUGCAAAGGCAAACGUGCAAUCCGUUUGAAGCAGGUUCCUUUUGCCCGCUCAUCGCUGAAUCAUGAUGAUGUGUUUAUCUUGGACACCAAGGAAAAGAUCUACCAGUUCAACGGUGCUAAUUCAAACAUCCAGGAGAGAGCCAAAGCUUUGGAAGUCGUUCAGUAUUUGAAAGACAAGUAUCAUGAAGGAACUUGUGAUGUUGCCAUUGUUGAUGAUGGAAAAUUAGAUACAGAAUCAGAUUCUGGUGAGUUUUGGGUCCUCUUUGGUGGUUUUGCUCCAAUAGGAAGGAAAGUUGCUAAUGAUGAUGAUAUCAUCCCUGAGUCAACUCCACCUAAGCUUUACAGCAUCAUUGAUGGUCAGAUGGAAGCUAUAGACGGUGAUCUAACCAAAUCUAUGCUGGAGAACACUAAGUGUUACCUCUUGGACUGUGGUGCUGAGGUUUUUAUCUGGGUUGGCCGAGUAACUCAAGUGGAUGAGAGGAAAGCUGCUAGUCAAUCUGUUGAGGACUAUCUUGCAAGUGAAAACAGGCCAAAGGCAACACGUGUCACACGUGUCAUCCAAGGCUAUGAGUCUCACUCUUUCAAGUCUAACUUUGACUCUUGGCCAUCAGGCUCAUCCGCUCCUAGUAACGAAGAAGGACGAGGAAAAGUCGCUGCUUUGUUGAAGCAACAAGGUGUUGGGCUCAAGGGGAUUGCGAAAAGUGCACCAGUGAAUGAGGAUGUUCCACCUCUUCUUGAAGCUGGUGGAAAGUUGGAGGUUUGGUAUGUUAAUGGCAAAGCUAAGACUCCGUUACCUAAAGAAGAUAUUGGCAAGCUCUAUUCUGGGGACUGCUACUUGGUCCUUUACACCUAUCAUUCUGGUGAAAGGAAAGACGAGUUUUUCUUGUGCUGCUGGUUUGGAAAGAAUAGCACUCAGGAUGACCAAGAAACAGCACUUAGACUGGCGAAUACAAUGUCAAACUCGUUGAAGGGAAGACCUGUGCAGGGACGUAUAUACGAGGGUAAAGAGCCUCCACAGUUUGUUGCUCUUUUCCAGCCUAUGAUUAUCCUAAAGGGUGGUUUGAGCUCUGGUUACAAGAACAUGGUGGAAGAGAAAGGUUCAGCAGAUGAAACCUACACACCAGACUCGAUUGCACUGAUUCAAGUAUCUGGAACUGGAGUUCACAAUCAUAAGGCACUUCAAGUUGAACCGGUGGCAACAUCUUUAAACUCUUAUGAGUGCUUCCUACUGCAAUCUGGUACUUCCAUGUUCCUAUGGCAUGGAAACCAAAGUGCGCAUGAACUGCUGGAACUAGCUGCUAAAGUUGCUGAGAUCUUGAAGCCUGGGAUGACUCUCAAGCAUGCCAAAGAAGGAACAGAGAGCUCAACCUUUUGGUUUGCACUUGGAGGAAAGCAGAACUUCACCAGCAAGAAGGCAGCAUCUGAGACUGUCAGAGAUCCUCACUUAUACUCAUUUUCUAUCAACAGAGGAAAGUUUCAGGUUGAAGAGAUCUACAACUUUGCUCAAGAUGACCUCUUGACAGAGGAUGUAUAUUUGCUCGACACUCAUGCUGAAGUCUUUGUCUGGGUUGGUCAAUGUGUUGACCCCAAGGAGAAGCAAACUGUGUUUGAGAUUGGCCAAAAAUACGUUGAACGUGCUGGAUCCUUGGAGGGCUUGUCUCCUAAAGUUCCACUCUACAAAAUUACCGAAGGGAACGAACCAUGCUUCUUCACCACUUACUUUUCUUGGGACUCCACUAAAGCUAUUGUGCAAGGAAACUCAUUCCAGAAGAAAGCAGCCUUGUUAUUUGGCACUCACCACGUUGUGGAGGAUAAGUCUAGCGGUGGGAACCAAGGACUAAGGCAAAGAGCUGAAGCACUAGCUGCCUUGAAUUCUGCAUUUAAUUCUUCUGGUAGCAAGCCAUCAUAUUCGAGCCAGGACAGAUCAAGCGGAAGUCAAGAGGGUCCAAGACAAAGAGCUGAAGCUUUAGCCGCCUUGACAUCAGCGUUCAAUUCUUCUGGACCAUCAUCUAAAUCUCCUCCACCACCGAGGCCAGCGGGAACGAGCCAGGCUUCACAGAGGGCAGCAGCAGUGGCUGCUCUCUCCCAAGUUCUCGUUGCUGAGAAUCCGAAAUCAACUGAUACCUCUCCUACAAGAAGAUCCACUAGCUCCAACCCAGCAGAUGAGAAUGAAGAAGCAGAUGCUUCAGAAGAAGCUAGUCAUGAAACCAAGGUAGAAGAGGAAGUUUCACCUGCAGUAGAAGAGCCAGAAGCAAAGCAGGAGGAAACAGCGGAGCAAGAUGAUUCUGUUAUAGACGCAAGUGGUGCAACUUUCACCUAUGAACAGCUGAGAGCUAAAUCUGAAAUCCCUGUGACUGGAAUCGAUUUCAAGCAAAGAGAGGCUUAUCUAUCUGAGGAAGAGUUCCAGAGUGUGUUUGGGAUGGAGAAAGAAGCAUUCAACAACUUACCUCGGUGGAAGCAAGAUCUGCUCAAGAGGAAAUUCGACUUGUUCUAGAAACACUCCUAGACCAAUGCAAAAAAAAAAAGCAUCUCAAAAAUCCUUUAUUACACACUCCUGAAAUUCAGUUUAUUACUGAAUGGUUUUUUUAUGUGGUCAGUCAAUUUGUUGUUGGUUGUUUGAAGAGUGUUCUUUCAUUUGUUUCUCUUCAAUAUUAUUUACCUUGACUCGUCUACUUCUCUCUGUCAUGGGUUUGGCUUUGGACUUGAUUCUUGAUAUUUUCUUACAGCACAAUGAGGUGUCUUGUAAUGACGAUCAUAGAUUGUUUUACCCGGGACAGAUUUGUGACUGGGUAAGAUUUUUUUUUUUUUGAAUUGGA